GGAGGUUGUGGGAACACUUCAGAACAGUUCAUUCAGCCCGGGAUUUCACAACUGUAAAAGCCCUCCAUUGAGAAGCCCCACCGAGGACGCAUGCGCAGGACGACAGUUCCUUCUCACCCCCAAACCCUGGCCGGCAAUUUCUCCUCACUUCCGCAAGAUGACCCAAGAUGGCGGGGCCCGUCAUUGAAAACCAGAUUCAAGAUGGCGGCUUCCGGUGUCCGGAGGCUGCACUGCGGCGUGUGGGCCCGGGCGGGGAGCCUGUGGCGACUCCAGCAAGGGCUGGAUGCCAACCCUUCGGGAUACGGACCCCUCACGGAGCUCCCGGAUUGGUCUUUCGCAGAGACGAGUUGUAUUGCUGUCACAGGAAAUGGAUGCAGGAUUACAGGCAUGGCACCUGAGGCAGCAAGAGAAGUUACAGGAAGAAGAAAAGAAGCAGAAAAAUGCUCUUAAAGCCAAAGGAGCUUCACUGCAGGGUCCACUUCCCAGAUCAAUAAAAAACAACUCGUGACACUUUU